UUAAAAGUUCACUUCCAUUCUCUGCGAUGCUGAGCAGUGAGUGAGGCAGUCUGCUGGUGUGCGACGGUGGCAGUGCAGAGGCGGUGGUGUAGAGUGUCGCUUAUCCUUAUUAUGUUCUGCGGAGGACUGGCAUGAACACACAGUGGAUUGAAUGGGUGACUGACUGACUGAUGUCAGUCAAUCGGUUUACAGACUGCAUGCAUGUUGAGUGGGAGUAGGUUGUAUAGGAUUAGGUUACAUCUAUCAGCUGGUAGUUGCUAGCUAGCAGUGGGUUUUCAUUCUGUCUGGGAACCCUGGCCCUGCUGAGAACAGGAUAUUCGUUAACCUUGACUGCAGCCAGGUCUAGUGUUGCUGAGCUGAGAUGACUUUGUUUUCAUGUGUACUGGGAAUGCAUUAGAGGCUCGCUGGCUGUUAUGGUAUCAGUGUGGUUUACUGUCCAUGGUUUUAGGUUACAUUAUGUUAUUGCGACAAGAUACGUUUGAUUCAAAAUUGAAUUUUGAGGACAGUUUGCCAGUUCACAUUACACUUUUGGAGAGUGAAGUUUGAAAGUUGUGCCAGUCUCUGUUUUGAUAUUUUAAAAAAUACAAUUGUCAUUGUCAUUUUUGCAACGCAGUUAAACUGGUGGCUUAAAUGCAAAAUCUUCUCUAAGUUUGUCGUCUUGGGUGAAAGGCUUGCGUCAUCCAAACUAAUGAGUUCACCUCUGCUGCCUCCAAAACAAGAUGGAACCCCACAAAGUGGGCACAGCUCCAUCGUCUUGUGGUGACCUAGUGUCCAUGAGGGGCAUCCUUUGACAGUAAUCAAAGAACACGUAGGCGUGGAUCCUAGCUGGCUGUCUUCUUGUUUCUUCUAUUCUUCAUGUAAAUGAGCAGCUGUAGGAGAAAUAUUCUUUUUAUGUCUUUAUGACGUCAGUCUGCUCUACUCUGCCAGAAGGUGGUUAGUCCAUUGGGAAGGGACUCGACGCCCCUUCCAUCAGCCUGCCUGCCAAGUGUCAUCUCUGGAAUAGGAGGAGAGGAUAUCUGCAUACAUGUGUGUGUAUUGUGUGUGCAUCAUAUUCUGAGGAUCUCUGGUAUUUCAUGGACGUCGACGGUGAAGCUAGCUCGCAUCGUACCAUGUGUUUCAUACAUUGCAUCCUGCUGACUUCGAGACAGACGGACAAAACAUGUCAUCGCUUGUGCAUCUCUUAAAUCCAUCUCAGUCUGGCCUGCCUCCUUAAUUUGAGGGAAGGCCAGGAACACGCAAUUUUAUUGACUCGAAAAGAGAGACAGUGCUUCAGGGCUUUUUUAUGUUUCGACUUCAGUACAAUUGAAUUUUGAACAAGAUGAUGUCCGAUUUGGAAUGUGAUGUCGUCAUGUCUUUGGUCCAGCGGCGACCGCGGGCUCGAGCCCCAUGUCAUAUCAACAUUGUGUCUGAUGGUGAGGACUGUGGCAGACUGACCCUCGACUCACUGCAUAGCCCCAAACCAAAGAGCGCUGGAUUCGCCACAUCCUUACCCCGCGGUUUCAAACUAGCCCGCCCCCUCUCCAUUGACGAGAGUCGCUAUGUCAGGCGCGGUAGUCUUGGAGCAGCAAUGAUGGGACCGUUCCACUUGAGCGUAGGAAGUUCCACCGGCUAUCAGUCCAGUACGACCAAUGCCUUGACCUUAGGAGGGGAUUCUGGUAGCAAUCUUACCAGGAUGAGGCCGCUGCUAGGACAGUCUGCACCUUCACUGUCAGCUAGUCUGAAGGAGCUGUCACUAGUACGGAGAGGGAGCAGUUAUGGACGAACCAGGAAAGGAAAAAACAGUUCCCCGGUGAUGAAACGUUCAAAUUCUCCUGGUUCUCAUGGCGAUGGUAUGUAUCUACCUGGGAGUCCUUUGGAGAGUCCUCGAGUGCCGAUCCACCCUCAUGCCCACUUUGCCUUUAAUUCUGUACGUCAGGCUGACGGUAGAAGAUGGUCUCUGGCAUCCCUGCCGUCAUCAGGGUACGGUACGAACACACCCAGUUCAGCUGUAUCGUCGUCCUGUUCAAGUCAGGAGCGUCUUCAUCAGCUACCCUACCAGCCCACCCCUGAGGAUCUGCAGCUUCUCUCGCAGCAUUUCAGUAGCAGUGAGAGUAACGUAGGAGGGGACCAGGAAGAUGGCAGGAGAUCACCUUCAUGUAGACCUCGAUCUAGGAGUCUUAGUGGUGCAAGCAGUCCGUUGGUGGGUAGUACGGAUCAUGAGAUGCUACACAUGAACAGCCUCUACAAGGAGAGAUUCCCCAAGGCAAAACAACAGAUGGAAACCAAGCUCACUGACUUUAUUAACAAGUAUUCAAUGGAUAUGAGCCAGGAAGGGCACGAUGCAAUCUAUGCUUUCCUUGUCCAUCAGACGGUAGAACUAGCCCGGGACUGCUUAGAGAAAUCACAAGAAGACCAAGUCUCCCAUAUCUACUUCACUGAGGUGUCCCACAAGGUCCAAAUGCUAGCAGAAGAUGCUGAGAACCGAUCUCAAGUCUCUGCCAAGUCAUUUACGAGGGUAGUCAGAGACCUACUGAUGAUACUAGCCAGGCCAGCUAGACUUCUUGAAUGCCUGGAAUUCGACCCUGAGGAGUUUUUCCAGCUGUUGGAAUCUUUCGAGGACCAGGCCAAAGUUGGAUCCACUAUUUCAGAAGACUUACCAAAGUACAUCAUCCACCAGCUAGGACUUACCAAAGAUCCCUUGGCAUAUUUUGAUCACUUUCCAGACGUGGGCGACCUGUGUGGGGAUUCCCCCUCACCGCCACGCCAGGAUUCAGGAGAGGAUGAAAAGAGUAAUGUUGAUGGUAGAGACUGCUUUAAGGAACCAAGAGAAGAAGAUUUUGAGAACAUCAAAAUCAUCAGCAAUGGAGCAUAUGGUGCUGUAUACUUGGUGCGACAUAAGGCAUCUCUACAGAGGUUUGCCAUGAAGAAGAUAUGUAAGCAGAACAUUGCCCUUCGGAACCAGCGGGAGCAGGUCUUUGCUGAACGUGACAUCCUCACGUUUGCGGAGAACCCUUUUGUUGUUGCUCUCUACUGCAGCUUUGAAACAAAGAAAUAUUUGUGCAUGGUGAUGGAGUAUGUAGAAGGAGGAGACGUAGCUACUUUGAUCAAACAUAUAGGACCACUUCCUCUAGAAACAGCAAGAUUAUAUUUUGCUGAAGCAGUACUAGCCAUAGAGUAUCUACACAGUUAUGGAAUCGUACACAGGGACAUCAAACCAGAUAACAUGUUAAUUACAUCGACAGGACACAUCAAGCUGACUGACUUUGGUCUGUCCAAGAUUGGUAUCAUGAGCUUAACAACAAACCUGUAUGAAGGCAACAUCGACCGGGACACCAAACAGUUCCAGGACCAGCAGGUAUGCGGCACACCCCAGUACAUCGCUCCGGAGGUGAUCCUCAGGCAGGGGUACGGCAAACCGGUAGACUGGUGGUCUAUGGGCGUGGUCCUCUAUGAGAUCCUGGUAGGAUGCCCCCCUUUCUUUGGUGAGACUCCGGAAGAACUCUUCGCACAGACGAUCAAUGUUAUGAUUGAAUGGCCCGACGGUGAUGAUGCCCUAUCGGACGAGGCCAUGGAACUGAUCAACGGUUUCCUACAGCAGGACCCUCUCUUCAGACUGGGUACAGGGGGCAGUGAAGACGUCAAGGGACAUAGAUUCUUUCAAGGGGUUGACUGGAAUGGUCUGCUGAGGCAGAAGGCUGACUUCAUUCCACAGCUGGAAGGAGAAGACGAUACAAGCUAUUUUGAUGCGCGCUCAGAGAGAUACAACCAUGAGCUGGACUCAGACGACGAUGAGGACAUUCCUGAAAUUGGCAACUUCUCCACCUUCUCCCCGCGGUUCAGUCGAUCGUGCAGCAGCGUAUCACAGUCAUCCGAUGACACAGAGAGAAGAGAGAGGUCUCAUAGUGCUUCGCUACCCCUAGGGGAUCUAUCCCAUCAUUCCUUGCCUGCCAGGAACUCUCCGCAGCUCCUGACGGUGGAUGUUGACAGGGCUAGUAGCCUCCCAGACAGGGAUAUCGCUCGGCUAUCGAGACGUUUCUCAGCCAGCUUUGCCACCGAUGAUCACGGCUCUUUAUCCAUUUAUCGAAAUAUUUUGAGAGACAGGACUGCCAAUGCCAAGGCCGCUGAGCAUUCUGACGCCUCCUCCACCUCCCCCUGCACCCCGCCCCACGACUCCUCCCCUCGGUCCCGCCGUCGGACCGGCAUCGCCCACAAGCCACCCCUCCGGGAGGUCCUCCCUCGCUUCUCCAUCUCGUUUGACGAGGACAGCCCAUUGGCAUCGUCGCUGGAGUCUCAGGGUUCUCUGGGGUCGUCAGGGUUCCUAGGUGCAGGAGAUGGGAAGCACAUCAGCUCCUCCUCUGAGAGACAGAGUAGAACGGUUGUCAAGUCAGCAUCGUCUAGUAUGCUGUCUCUUAUCAUACCAUCAGAUGAGCUUCAUGUGCCAUCGCCCAUCAACUCCCCAGGAGGAGAAUCAAGCAGCUCCAGAGACGAUUCUCCGUCUAGGGAUCCAUCCAUGAGUAGCAUGAAGUCACCCAUCGUCAUCAAGAAACCACCGCGAAGGAAGACCAUGGGAUUCCACAUGCAGGCUAUCAAGGUCUACCUAGGAGAGUCCAACAUAUACACACUGCAUCAUCUAGUUAGGCAUGUUGAGGAAGGAAGUCCUGCGUACGAAGCUGGCUUGCGACCCGGAGACCUCGUCACUCACAUCAACAACGCUCCAGUAGAAGGCUUGAUCCAUCGUGAGAUAGUAGAACUUAUCAUGAGUGACACACAGGUUGUGAUCCAUGCCGUACCCAUGGUCAAGACAACCAUUCAGACAUGUGGACGAAGGAAUACAACGUCCAGUAAGAUGGCCAGGAGAAAGAAGCCCAAGCGUAAAAGGGACUCCGUAGAGCGAAGGCGGCGCAGUGCAGUAUUCAGAAGGUCGAGUUUGAAACGGGCAUCGACAGAUGGAAGCAGGGCUAGCUUAGCAGCAUUAGGCAGGCAGGGAGGGACGGAUACAUCUCCUCGGUCGCCGACAUCGCGGUCACCACGUUCCCCUCCCAUGUUUCACAUACCUAGUGAACAUUCAAGCAGCACACCGUUGACAUCGUCACCCAACAGUUCUCCAUCAUCGAGCUGCCCUAACUCACCCGCUGGACACUACACAUCAUCCAGACCCAGCACACUGCAAGGUCUGGCUCAUAAACUACCCUUCUCAUUCAGACCUGGAGGGAACCGUAGGAAGUCAGUCGGUCACAUCCCACUGUCCCCUCUAGCCAGGACCCCCAACCAGUCACCAGCCCCUAAAUCCCCUGUUCGUAGCCCCAGCCCUCUGGCUGUGGUGACCAGUCUUGGGCAUUCUCCUGGAAGCUCCAACACCACCCAGUCCUACCCCGCCCACAUGCUGAGCAGCCCCACCCUGGCUGCCCCUAUGAAGGUCAAGACCAAGAAGUACAUGCGCUCUAGGAACCUUGAGACUCCGCCGUCACCGCUCCUCAGAAGGGCUCUCUCACCAGACCAUGAAAAGACCAUGGACAUGUUUGAUGUUCAGCUCAGACCUCGAGCGGACUCAGCUUGUGAUGCUCUCUCAAGGGAAGAGAGAAGUCUCAAGAGAUUAGGCAUCUUCGGCAAAGAGAGGGUCGCUGAGAGAAAAUCUACAGGGUCCACUUGAGAUCAAUCUUGAUCAUGUGUGUAGAAAUGCAAAGUAUUCAGUCUGCUAUAUAUGUAUAUUUGACAGUUUUUGGAUAUGAUGGUCUUUGGUUUCACAGUGUCUGAACGGAAGACUCUCAAGCACAUGCCAUGCUGUGUUAUGUGAGACAGCUUUAAGAUACAACCAUGGAUGGUUUCGUCUUGGUAAUCAAGACCAGAUUUAUUUUGCUGAAACAAAUUGAUAAACAUAAGAGCAUUGCAAUUUACCAAAAGUUGAUUAGAAAGUACUUUGAGUCAUCAUUAAUUCUUUAUUCUUUGCUAUUGUGCCUGUAUGUUUUGCCAAAGAUGCUGAAAUAAGAAAUAGAUAAUGAUGCUGACAUAGCUGGAGUGAUAGCAUUCAUCAACAACCUCACUAGCUCUUUUUUGGUCCACUUUAGUCCAUACUGUAGACUGCCAUUUCAGCAUAUGGUACGCACACACUGUAUGUGUGCCAAAAGUUGACUGUGGUAAUUUGAAUAGUCGACCAAAGCAAGGAAGGGUUACAGUCUGUGGAAUUAACAUGACAGUAAACAGAUAGUCGGUCUAAAUAGAGAUACAAGAUGCACCAUGUACAUGAAUGCAUAGACAAGUUGGAUACAUACAUGUUAGGAUUAUAAUAUGAGGAUAAAAUGGUUGCAAAAUGAAGUAGUGAUUUUGACAUAGAAAUUUGAACGAAUCAUUUACAAUAAGAACAAAUGCCACAUACGCAUCAAAGACAAAAGACACACAAAGGAGGGAGCAUUGGCAUUUUAAAUUCCUGCUACCUGUAUUAUUUCUUUAUGAAGGACUUUAAAUUUUAAAGUAACAGCAUUAUAGUAUACUUGGAGUGUAAUUUUGGGUUGAAAAGUUGUAAGUUGAACAAUUUUCAUCAUUAGAUUUCAUUUUGGCAAGAUGUGAGGAUUUUAGAAGUCUUGUGAUGAAAAAUGUGAGAUGUCAAACCGCAAUGCACUACACUUUUUGUCAGCAUUAAUUUAAUUCUAAUUCAACAUUUAAUUAUUUUUUUUUUUUUCAUUAAUGUUCUCUAUUGCCUUUGAUGAAGAAAAAAUCAGUUUAAAACAACAUUUGUGCUAUUGACAGUAUUAUUGAUUUAACAAAUUUUAUUUUUCAUUUGAAUGAUAUACAAAGAAAAAGUCUGGCCUUGCAUGUUGAUGAAUUAUCAAAACAGAGUGGUGCAUUUAAAGCUAACAUUUCCUGAUUAGUUACAAUUAGAAUUAUUAAUACCUGCAAAGUCUUGCACAAUUUACAAGUAGUAAAGUGAAGACGAUACUGUCAUUUGCAAGAAAAAUACCUUGAUGUUGCAUAUUAGUAACAUGAUUUUAUGAUCAUGAGUAACAAGGUACAUGUAAAUGGAAUUAUCGGACAAAGCAGGUGUGCAGGUAUUAUGAUUUCUAGUUUGUUGAAUAAAUUUGAGAGUUAAUUUAUCUUAUUUCAUGUCCAAUGAAAUGAUUUUGCAAUGCUCAUAAUUUCCUUCCACUAAGGACUGGAAUAACUAAUUUCAUUCAAAUGCUAAACUGCCUUGUGAAG